AUGGACAGAAUAACGCUCGACCUGACACCUGGAAUGGACGGCGACCACCAUGCGCGACGCAUGGGCUGCACCGCAAUCUCCACCCGCCUCCCUCAGCGUCGCAGCGAGCGACCCUGCCCGCCGGGAAUCAAAUUGCAGGAUCUGAGACGAGGCGCAGGCUCAACCAACAACGGGGCAACCGACCCCCCGGCCCGCGCUGCAGUAGAGCAUCGAUCUGCGCCGGGUGGGCAGUGGCGGCAAGCCAUGCGUGCUGUUCCCAGCUCCCACGUUUCGGCGCGGGCGUGA